CGCAAGUGACUUCUCAUCUCAUCUCACGUGCCAAAACCCCUCACCACAGCUAUAAAAGAAGCAACCUCAACAAUGCCGCGUCCGACCCAAACCGUUUUCUCAGAAGGCAUUUUCCACGGCCUCCCCACCUUCCCCGACCACGACGGAACGAGGUACACCGCGAUUGUUACAGGCGCAAACGGGAUCUCAGGUUCUGAAAUCGUCGACGUCCUCGCUUCUUCUCCAGAGCGAUGGGAGACCAUCUAUGCGAUGUCACGGAAACCGCCUGUGAAUAAGAAUCCGCAUGUCAAGACGAUUGCUGCGGAUUUCUUAUCCAGUACUCUGAAGGAAUUGGCAGCUCUAUUUAAGAAAGAGCGUAUCAAAGCUGAUUACAUCUUCUUCGCCUCCUAUAUGCAACCACCCCUCCCCGAAAGCGCAGGAUUGUGGUCCAAUUCCGAUGAGCUUGAAAGCGUCAAUGUAACACUUCUCUCCAACUUCCUCGCCGCCCUCUCCCUCGCCGCCCUCUCCCUCGCCGCCCUCUCCCUCGCCGCCCUCUCCCUCGCCGCCAUAAUCCCCACCCGCUUCCUCCUCCAAACAGGCGGAAAGCACUACGCCCUCCACCUCGGCCCAACCACAAUCCCACAGACGGAAGGCCUCCCCUCCGACCGGGUGUCGCACGCAAACUUUUACUUCCAGCAAGAAGACUUUCUCUCCACCUGGGCUACCAAGCACAACACAACCUGGACCGUAACUCGCCCGGGCUUCAUCCUCGGCGCGAACCCCACAGCAUUCAUCAACAUCGCUUACGCACUCGCCCUUUACGCUUCUGUACAGAAAGAACUUGGCAAGGAGCUGGAGUUCCCCGCUGAUGUGGGGGCAUGGGAUGCCAAUAAGGACAACACUACUGCGAGGCUUAUUGGGUAUUUUUCUGAAUGGGUUGUCCUCCAUCCUGAGGCUAAGAAUGAGGCGUUUAACCUCGUUGAUGACUCCCCUUUUUCGUAUGGUAAAUUCUGGCCCGAGGUUGCGAGGUGGUAUGGCCUUGAGGCUGGCCUCCCGGAAUCCGAUGCCUCGAAAUACACCACCAUCACACUCGGCAUGGAUCCUCCGCCCCGCGGUUUUGGUGGGCCUGGUGUAGUGAAAAUUGCAUUCAGUUUCGAGGAGUGGGCUUCUCGUCCAGAGGUUAAAGCUGCGUGGGAGAAGGUGAGAGAGAGAGAGGACCUAAUUGGGGCUGCUGAUCCGUGGGCUGAGGGGAAGGGGUAUUUGCUGAAGGAUAUCUUUGGGAGUUUAGAUGCGGAGAUGUUGGGGAGUUGGAGCAGGACGCAGACGAUGGAUAAGGCGAAGGCGCUGGGGUGGCAUGGGCAUGUGAGGACGGCGGAUGGGUUUAAGGAUACUAUCCAGAAGAUGGCCGGGUUGAAGAUGGUACCUGCGUUUUGAGUUCGGGGGUUAAAAAGGGAGCAGAAGGGAAGGACGGAUGUAAUGUUGAGUUUGGUCUGAUUGUAGGGGUGUGGAAAUGGAGGCAUUUUCAUAUCUUGAGCACUUUCAAUUAUUGAUUUGGAAGCAUUGCAUAGUUCCGAGAUCUUCAAUUUUGAAACCUGUGUUUAGCU